AUGGGUUCCGGUGUACCUCGCGGAAUUUUGGCCGCGCGUAAGCUCAAGAACCGCAGAAGGCGCGAGAGGUGGGCUGACAAGGCCUACAAGAAGGCACACCUCGGUACGAGGUGGAAGUGCAACCCUUUCAAGGGUAGUUCCCACGCCAAGGGUAUCGUCGUGGAGAAGAUCGCCAUUGAGGCCAAGCAGGUGAUAUGUUUUUCAUACGCUCGGCGCUUAUUGGCUAUUGAAUCCCAAGUCGUGUUGCCCGUUGGCGCUAUACCGCCAAUGGGAGUCAAAAGAUUGGGUACAACAUACACAAAUCGGUCACAGCGUUGGCCCGCGCCUCCGCUGAUUCAUGAGGCCGCCUUUUGUUACAUAUUUGCACAACGCAGGUGUUACCCUAACUCCGCCUAUCGUAAGAGUGUUCGUGUGCAGCUCAUCAAGAACGGUAAGAAGAUCACCGCUUUCGUCCCGAGGGAUGGUUGCCUCAACUACAUCGACGAAAACGACGAGGUGCUCGUCGCCGGUUUCGGUCGUAGUGGACACUCCGUUGGUGACCUUCCCGGUGUGCGUUUCAAGGUCGUCAAGGUCGCCGGUGUCUCCCUUCUCGCCCUGUACAAGGAGAAGAAGGAGAAGCCCAGGUCUUAG